AGACGUAAAUUAGAUGUUGUCACACCUGAAAGUAAUGCAGUCUUCAUUGAGGAAACUGAUCCAAACAAGGCUGUUGUGACUCUGCAACCAAACUGGUCUGAAAUAUACAGAGGAGAGACCAUCACUCUCAGAUGUGAGAUCAAAGAUGGAGGAGACACUGAGUGGGAGUAUGAAUGGAGAACAACCAGCUCAGAAAAACCUCCAAAUCAGAAUGAACACAGAAUCAGAUUUGCUUCUGCAUCCCACAGUGGAGACUACAGGUGUAAGGGCAGAAACAAACAUACGCAGCAUUCUUCAACAGACUGGAGUGAUCCCAUCAAACUGACAGUAUCACACAAACCCCUCCUCACUGUGUCUCCAUCAUGGCUGAGUGCUGCAGCCUCAGUAACUCUGACCUGCAGUGUUACAGAUCAGUCUGCAGGAUGGAGGUUCUACUGGUACCAGACUGUUCCUGCUCCAUCAAACACCUACUACAGCUCUGAGCUGCUACCUGGCAACAGCAGUGGGACUGAACAGGAUUCCUACAUUGUUCAUGGACAGACACACACAGCAGGAUAUGUGUGCAGAGCUGGAAGAGGAGAUCCAGUGUUUUACACUGAUUACAGUACAACUGAGUUUGUCUGGUCUGCAGAUGUUCGCUCAUCAGCGUCUCUCACAGUGAGUCCUGACAGAGCUCAACACUUCACCUCUGACUCUGUCUCACUGAGCUGUGAGGGAAACUCUACUGAGUGGAGAGUGAAGAAGUCAUCAACUGAGGACAGAUACUGGUCAGACUGCUCCUCCUACUGGGGGACAAUGACUGGAUCCACAUGCAAACUAGAGAGUAACUGGCCCAGUGAAGCAGUGUACUGGUGUGAGUCUGAAUCAGGAGAGUUCAGCAACGCAGUCAACAUCUCUAUACAGGAUAGAGAAAUGAUCCUGCUGAGCCCUGCCCGUCCUGUGACUGAGGGAGAUUCUGUCAGACUGAGCUGCAAAUUAAAAAGCCAAAGAUUCUCUUCCACUGUGUUUUUCUAUCACAAUGAGAAACUCAUUCAAAAUGACAGCAGAUGGGAGUUAAAUAUCUCUGCAGUGUCAAAGUCAGAUGAAGGAUUCUACAAGUGUCGACACUCAGGACAAGAGUCAGCACAGAGCUGGAUGUCAGUUCAGGCAGUGUCCAGGCCUGAAAGCUCUUCACUUCCUGUACUGUUGAUUGUUGGGCUGAUUUGUGGAAUUGUUCUAAUUAUUCUCCUGAUCCUGUUGUAUCACUACAGACCUUCCAAGGGUACAUGCUUCAAUAGGCCGAUCCAGUCUGAGAGCUCCAACACAGAUCAUGUGGUCGACCAGAAUGAGGCUCAGUGCGAUACAUACGCCUCUCUUCUCCCUGUUGCAGGUGGAUCAAGGGAUGUCACAUAUUCUUCAGUUGAACUUAAAAAUGUUGGAAAGAAGGACGACCAUCUGACGUAUGCGCAAGUCAACCGCCACAAUAAAGGCAAAGGCAAGAAGAAGAAAGCUCCUCCAGCAACUGAUGAAACUGUUUAUUCUGAAGUCAAACUGGGAUCAUCUGUCAGUAAUGAUGCUGCUGUGUCUGUAAGAAGAGAGGAGAGGAGGAAGAGACAAAAUGUUGCUGUGGUGGAAAUUCACAUUUCCCCUUGUGGAGAAGUGAAGAAACAAAAGACGAAUCAGCAAAUGAUUGUCUUUUGACAGAGUCAAUUUAUUUAAGCUGAAAGGUCAGCGCUCUGGGUGAAUCUGACAAAGAGCUACAGAGAAAGUCACAGCUUAUAGAAUACUAUGAUGAUAAGACACAAAGGGAGGUUCAGAGCAGAAGAUGAGAUGGUGUUGAAAACAGCUCAGUACCUACGGUGAUCUGAAGAGUGUGCUGAGAACAGAACGUUUAUUCUGUACCAACACAGUUCCCUUACAUUAGCCGAGGUCACUGCUGACCCCACGUCAGAUCGUAACUGUUCAUGCUCAGGUCACAUCAUAACUCACACAUAUUCUAAGGUGUAAUGAUGUGUAUGGUAAAAAGAGAAUAUCAAUGUGUAAGGUGAUUGAUGGCUAUGCAAGGUGAAAAGGUAACGAUUAUAUGUGAGGUUAAAGGUGAUGAGCAACAUUUUUAUUACAUCUGGCCGCAUUUCAUUAGACUGCUGAAGCUUUUGCAGGAAACACUGAAUGUGAGUUUGAUACAAUAUGUUUGAGCUUGUGUAGCAGGGUACCAGCUUUACAGUCAGCAUCUUUGUUAAGUGUUAGAUCCAGGAUAGAUGUCAACACUUACUUUUGAUAGAAGCAAUAAUCUGCUAUCAAACACAUUUUGCUAUUUUAUAUACAGUAUGUAUGUUUUUUCUGUAAUUUUACGUUAGCUGAGAGGUACUGUAAUUAUUUCUUUUGCCUCAAAGUAUCUUAUAUUGACUGUAUUUUUAAAAUAUUUUCAAUAUGUUAUACAUGA